GUGGCUUGCCAGCAAUGGGAAGUUCAACCGGUGUCAGCUGGGCCACUAUGCAGAGCUUCAAGCUGAUGAUCAUCUACAAGCAGAGAUAAAACGUUCCGUGAAAAGAAAGGCGAUCAUUGCUCAGCAGCGAGUAGAGGAGCAUCCCAUCAUUAGCAAGCCAGAGUUGUGUGAGCAGUGCCUCGCAGUUUUGGCCAAGCCAGGUGAGGACAACCUGCAAGAGAAGCUUUUCCACAGUUUGCUUCAAGCUGCCAAACGGGACACCACCAUUUGUGGACUCAUCCGCCGCUGUGGCUUCAAUGCUUUGCAUAAGUUUACCAAGUUCAGGGUGACUGAAGCAGCUCAGCUGAUCCUUUUGCAUUGCAGUACCUUUUUGAGCGACAUGGACAAGGGUUUGAGGCAGGGCUUGGCAAAGUGCAUCCAGUCUGGAAACAGCACGCAGUGGAAAGAGACCUUGGAGGACUACGCGCGUGUGUAUGAGAAUUUUCCACUGUACCAAAAUUUGCUGGACAGCAAGGAGUGCUUUGAUGCUAUGACUCUACUUGGAGAGAUGAAGAAAGAUUUGGAGCAGGCACUGAUUGAAGCAUCAAAGAUGAAAUCAUGUGUCCAAAUUGGGCGGAAAGAAUCAUCCGUACUCGGGAAGCAAGCUGUUCAGAUCAAGCGCAAGAUCAGUGAGCUCAGCUCGCAGGGGGAUUCAACGGCUGAACGUGCUUUAGAGAAAUUGAACACUGAUGAAGCAAUGAGUGCUCGAGGCCGGAAAGAAACCAAGAGCAACGCCCGUGCGAAAGAGAAGAGAAGACUAGCUGCGCGGCCCAGAUACAAGAGGAAGACUGGAGACGGAUUGACGCUCAUCAAGAAGCGUGUCCGCUGGGCAUUGAAGAAUCAAUCCUUGAUUAGUGGGAGCCUGGACAAGGCCAUUCAGGAACAGUUUCCGGAGUACCAAAGCAGGAGGUUUUCACAUUGGAGACGCCAAUAUUAUCAGGAGCGCUGGGAAGACCUACCUGAGGCUGUAGCAGCCCGUGCUCUCCAGGUUCCAAACAAAUUCCGUUGUCAUGGAAGUCGUGGUCCCAAUGCCAAGCACUAUCAGCUCCCACCAGAGGUGGAGGAUGUUGUCACAAAGCAGUUGGACAAGCUCAGUAAAGGUGAAAACUCUACCAUGCAAAGGACUGAGCACAUCACUCACCGCGACCUGGCACAUACAGUUCAAUGGGUCUGCACUGCAGUUAAUUCAGCCAUUGAUGAGGAAAAGAUAGCUGCAGACGGCAAAAAUCAAGAGUUAUUGAGAAAGUUUACUGAACCUCGCGGCUCAGUUAGCUUUGAUGAUGUGGUCAACAACUUCGAGCAGGCGCCCGCGAGGAUCAAGGCGAGGGAUUGGAAGGGUUUUGCCAAGAAGAUUGCAGCCAAGACUCGAUAUUCAAAGCAAGCGACAAACAGCUGUGGCAACUUUUUGCCAUAUAGCGACCCACAAAUGGAAGAGAAAGGCAAAGGGCGCUUUUACCUGCAUCGCAACGAGCAAGGAGGACACUUCAUGCACACGGAAAGCACAGUGAUUAUGUUUCAUCACCUCCUCAAAGACUGCUUCGAUCUGCGCCGCGAAAAGUACCAGCUUCAUGGCAGAAUGGGCAUGCUCGUCGCCGACGCGUUCACCGGCAAUUUCUCAGCCAAAGAAGGAGGGGCAGAUUUUGAAAGGCAUUUAGUCAGUUUUGGUUGCACCAACUUGGCGCAAUUGCUGAUGGAGUGA